AACCUCUAGUCCCUACACACCCAACCGAAGGCCUAUACAUCGAUCUACUUCACUCACACUGUUGGUGUGCCUCACCUGCCGGAAAUCGAAGAGCCAACGCUGCUUUUGUUCUUUUCUUUCUCUGAAUCCUCUCAUACCCACGACCUUUUCUCAUUUCUUAUUAAUUUCUCUUUCUGGAAAGAGUUGUCUUCAAUUACUUGGUUUCUCAACGAGGAAAAGGCUGACAGUAGCGUGUGUUCUACGUCCAUUUCACUGGAAAGAGGGGAUUAUUUAUGUGCCUGGGAUUUCAUUUCUGCGGCGAAAUUGAAUAAGUACUUUCUAGAAGAAUAAAUGGCUACACUAGCAGAUAUCGGGCUUGCAGCUGCCAUCAAUAUUCUCAGUGCUUUCAUUUUUCUUGUGGCAUUUGCCAUUUUGAGGCUUCAACCCUUCAAUGACAGGGUUUACUUUCCAAAAUGGUAUUUGAAAGGUUUAAGAACGGAUCCUGUACACGGAGGAGCAUUUGUGCGGAAGUUUGUCAAUUUGGACUGGAAAUCAUAUAUUCGGUUUCUGAAUUGGAUGCCAGAAGCACUUAAGAUGCCAGAACCUGAGCUUGUUGAACACGCUGGAUUGGACUCCGCUGUGUACCUGCGGAUUUAUUUAAUAGGGCUUAAAAUCUUUGUUCCUAUAGCAUUUCUAGCAUGGGCUGUGCUAGUUCCUGUCAACUUUACAAGUUCCGGCCUAGAAGGAGCCAAGAUAACCAACGUAACUUCUAGCGACAUUGAUAAACUCUCAAUUUCAAACGUCCAUGAAAGAUCUGACAGGUUGUGGGGGCACAUAAUUGUUGCUUAUGCCUUUACUUUUUGGACAUGUUAUGUUUUGCUCAAGGAAUAUGAGAAAGUGGCCAUUAUGAGAUUGCAAUUUCUUGCAGCAGAAAAACGUCGGCCUGAUCAAUUUACGGUGCUCGUAAGAAAUAUUCCUCCAGACCCAGAUGAAUCUGUCGGUGAGCUUGUUGAACACUUUUUUCUGGUCAAUCAUCCAGAUCACUAUCUUACUAACCAGGUUGUAAUUAAUGCAAACAAACUUGCUAAGCUGGUUAAGAAGAAGAAAAAGUUGCAGAAUUGGCUCGUCUAUUAUCAAAAUAAAUUUGAAAGAACUUCAAAGAGACCUGAAAUGAAGACUGCUUUUCUUGGUCUAUGGGGGAAAAAAGUGGAUGCUAUUGAUCAUCACCAAACUGAAAUUCAGAAGCUGUCAAAAGAAAUAGCUUUAGAGAGGGAAAGGGUUACAACCGAUCCCAAGUGUACUAUGCCUGCUGCUUUUGUUUCCUUCAAAAGCCGAUGGGGUGCUGCUGUCUGUGCCCAGACUCAACAAACCAGGAAUCCAACCCUUUGGUUGACUGAGUGGGCUCCAGAGCCAAGAGAUGCUUAUUGGCCAAACUUGGCAAUUCCAUAUGUUUCUCUCACUGUCAGGAGGUUAAUCAUAGCUGUUGCAUUCUUUUUCCUCACUUUCUUUUUUAUGAUCCCCAUUGCAUUUGUACAAUCGCUGGCAAGUAUCGAGGGAAUCCAGAAAGCAGCACCAUGGCUGAAGCCACUUAUCGAUGUCAAAUUUAUCAAGUCAUUCAUUCAAGGAUUUCUUCCUGGUCUUGCUUUGAAGCUCUUUCUCAUUUUCUUGCCAUCAAUUCUGAUGAUUAUGUCAAAAUUUGAAGGCUUUUCAUCGUUGUCAUCUCUGGAGAGAAGAUCAGCUUCUAGAUACUAUAUUUUCAAUUUCAUCAACGUGUUUCUUGGGAGCAUACUCACAGGAUCAGCAUUUGAGCAGCUGCAGUCUUUUAUUCACCAACCAGCUAAUCAAUAUCCUAUAACAAUUGGCACGGCAAUUCCUUUGAAAGCAACUUUCUUCAUUACUUAUAUAAUGGUUGAUGGAUGGGCCGGCAUAGCUGCAGAGAUUUUGAUGUUGAAACCACUUAUAAUUUAUCACUUGAAGAAUUUCUUCUUGGUUAAGACUGAAAAGGAUAGGGAUGAGGCCAUGGAUGCUGGGAGUAUUGGUUUCAACACGGGAGAACCUCGUAUUCAAUUGUACUUUCUGCUGGGUCUGGUCUAUGCUUCAGUGACACCUGCUGUUCUCCCUUUCAUAAUAGUUUUCUUUGGGCUGGCUUAUGUUGUGUUUCGUCAUCAGAUCAUUAACGUGUAUAAUCAGGAAUAUGAGAGUGGGGCGGCAUUCUGGCCUGACGUUCAUUUUCGUGUUGUGAUAGCACUGAUAUUUUCCCAGAUGGUUUUGUUAGGACUCAUGAGCACCAAAAAAGCUGCUUCAUCAACGCCAUUUCUCAUUGCACUCCCAAUACUUACCAUAUGGUUCCAUAGGUACUGCAAAGGCCGUUUCGAACCUGCCUUUGUUAGAUAUCCCUUGCAGGAAGCAAUGAUGAAGGAUACACUGGAAAAGGCGACUGAUCCUAACCUGAACUUGAAAGGUUACCUUCAGCAUGCCUAUAUUCAUCCAGUUUUGAAGGCCAGCACCGAGAAUGAUAGUUCUGAUGAUGAGGAGAUGCUCAGUGAGAAGUGGGAAACCGAGAGCGCGCUUGUGCCCACGAAGCGCCAGUCCAGGAGGAACACACCAUUGCCAAGCAAAAUGAGUGGGGUCUCCUCUCCACGGUCUCUUCCUGAUGGCGUCCAACAUCAGCCGGAGCCUUAAAUGGAGCAUCAGUUGGUGGAGCAAGGUACCAGCAAUGUGGCUGUAAAUUUGAUGUUCUCAUCAUCAUCAUUGGCCCAGACAGAUUACGAUCUUACUGGGCAGCUGAAGUCCUUAAUCUGUGGGAAAAUUUGGUGAAUUUCGCUCCUGCCUUGAAAGGCUAGUUUUGUGUACUUGCUUGUUGAUGAGAUUUACCACGUCUAGAGGCUUUUAAAGGAGAGAUUCCUAUAUCAGAUUGUAUUGACUAGUGGUAUAUAAUAUAAUAAAGUGAAUGCUGUAAAUUAUCCAAAAACAGAGCAUAUAAGGUUAAAAAAGAGAGCUUGAUUUUAUCUAUCUACCUGACAAGUGUGAGUAGAGUUGAUAUGGGUAUAGAAGUGGGAUGACUCAUAAAUUCACCAUAUUGAAAUUUUGAGUUAAGAUGUAUGUCGAGCUCAUUCAUUUCUUCCCGGAUGACGGCUUACUUGGAUUCUUUUUCCCUUU